AUGAACACUGCGAUUCCCAACGGAUGGAGAGCUUCCGUGACUUCACAAGGACCAAGAAAGUUCCUGUCUUUACUCAGAUCUUACCCUAACGCAAUCCCCAGGUCUUUAGACUCUAACCAUUUGCGUAGUUAUGGUCGUAGAGCAAUGGUAAUUUCAAGUUCAAAGAAAGCGAACCUCUCUGCUUAUAGGAAACAGAGAAUCAAGCUAAACAGUAAUGAAGAAAAGGAGCUCACUUUCAGUGAGUUCUUGAAACACCCUUCUGGCAUUGAGGCUGUUAUCAACGCGAAAGCUUUGGAGAGUUAUCAGUUAGUUGAUGAUGAUGACAAUACUUACAGUACUGGUUUUGAGGGGUCGUUCCCACACAUGAAGAUUGUACAGUUGAGCUGCUUUCCUGCAAGCGGUUAUGACAAACUGCAUGACCUGGAACAUGGAAGAUCCAGAGCCGUUUUGGAGGUUGAUGUGAGCUUCAAAGAGGCAAAAGAUUAUGGGCUUAUAGAUGGUGUCAUCAUGGACCCUCUUAAAGCUCUUCAGCCACUUGCAGCAGUUUAA